CGCGCCGAGGCGGCUGCUCCCUGCUGACUGGGGUGUGGGCGGGGAGCGGCGGAGGGAGGAGGAGGCGCUGCUGCCGCCGCCGUUGCCUCCGCUGCUGGGCGCUGGGCAGCUCCCCGGGCUUCUGCGGCUGCCAUGGACGAGCAGGCGGGUCCCGGCGUCUUCUUCAGCAACAACCACCCGGGCGCCGGCGGUGCCAAGGGUCUCGGGCCUCUGGCGGAGGCGGCCGGCGACGGGGCGGCUGCGGCGGGGGCGGCCCGAGCCCAGUACAGCCUCCCGGGGAUCCUGCACUUCCUGCAGCACGAGUGGGCCCGCUUCGAGGUGGAGAGAGCCCAGUGGGAGGUGGAGCGGGCGGAGCUGCAGGCCCAGAUUGCAUUUCUUCAGGGUGAAAGGAAAGGCCAAGAAAAUUUGAAGAAGGAUCUUGUGAGGAGGAUCAAAAUGCUGGAGUAUGCUCUUAAACAGGAAAGAGCCAAAUACCACAAGUUGAAAUAUGGGACAGAAUUGAAUCAGGGAGAUAUGAAGCCUCCAAGCUAUGAUUCUGAUGAAGGUAAUGAAACAGAGGUGCAGCCACAACAAAAUAGCCAGUUAAUGUGGAAACAAGGUCGUCAACUACUCAGACAGUAUCUACAGGAGGUGGGAUACACAGAUACUAUUCUAGAUGUGAAGUCUAAACGAGUGCGAGCUUUGUUGGGCUUUUCAAGUGAUGUCACGGACAGAGAAGAUGACAAAAAUCAGGAUUCACUUAUAAAUGGCACAGAAGGUGAAGUUAAAGAUACAGCAAUGAUUGGGAAAUCUGAGUUAACAGAUUCUGCCUCUGUGCUGGAUAAUUUCAAAUUCCCUGAAAGUGCAGCUGCAGAUUUCAGUGAUGAAGACGAAGAUGAUGACAUUGAUGGACGAGAGAAAAGCGUCAUUGAUACUUCAACAAUUGUUAGGAAAAAAGCAUUGCCUCAGAGCAGUGACGAUCGAGAUACAGAAGAAGCUCUAAAGGAGUUUGACUUCUUGGUUACAUCAGAGGAAGGCGACAGUGAAUCUAGAAGUGCAGGUGACGGAACAGACUGGGAAAAGGAAGACCAGUGUCUCAUGCCUGAAGCUUGGAAUGUGGACCAGGGAGUAAUUACCAAACUCAAGGAACAAUACAAAAAGGAGAGAAAGGGGAAAAAGGGGGUGAAGAGAAAAACUACCGAAGAUCUGUUUCAGCCUCUAUCCUAUAUAAAACAGUCAAAACAGGGAUGUGGGAGAAUGAAGAAUCAAGUUUCAGGGCCCAAUAGGUCAAAACUACAAGAUAUGCUUGCUAAUUUGAGAGAUGUUGAUGAACUUCCUUCAUUGCAGCCAUCUGUGGGUUCACCUUCCAGACCCAGCAGCUCCAGGCUUCCUGAACAUGAAAUAAAUAGAGCAGAUGAAGUGGAAGCACUGACAUUUCCUCCUUCCUCUGGGAAGUCAUUCAUCAUGGGAGCAGAUGAAGCCCUUGAAAAUGAACUGGGACUUGGAGAAUUGGCAGGGCUCACUGUGGCUAAUGAAGCAGAUUCACUAACAUAUGACAUAGCAAAUAAUAAAGAUGCACUGAGGAAGACAUGGAACCCGAAAUUUACGUUAAGAAGUCACUUUGAUGGCAUUCGAGCCCUGGCUUUCCACCCCAUUGAGCCUGUUUUGAUAACAGCAUCAGAAGAUCACACAUUAAAAAUGUGGAAUUUACAGAAAACAGCCCCAGCCAAAAAGAGUACAUCUCUUGAUGUGGAGCCUAUCUAUACAUUCAGGGCUCAUAAAGGUCCAGUGCUCUGUGUGGUGAUGAGCAGCAACGGUGAGCAGUGUUACAGUGGUGGUACUGAUGGACUGAUCCAGGGCUGGAACACGACCAACCCCAACAUCGACCCCUAUGACUCCUAUGACCCUUCUGUUCUAAGGGGCCCUCUGCUCGGCCACACCGACGCCGUCUGGGGUCUGGCUUACAGUGCAGCUCACCAGCGUUUGCUGUCCUGUUCAGCAGAUGGCACUCUUCGUCUAUGGAACACAACGGAGGUUGCUCCAGCCUUAAGUGUGUUUAAUGAUAAUCAAGAAUUUGGAAUUCCUGCCUCUGUGGAUCUAGUAAGCAGUGACCCGAGCCUUAUGGUAGCAUCAUUCAGCAAAGGAUAUACAAGCAUCUUUAACAUGGAAACACAACAACGGAUUCUCACUUUAGAAUCCAAUCUAGAUACGACAGCCAACUCUUCCUGCCAAAUAAAUAGAGUCAUUAGUCACCCCACUCUUCCCAUCAGCAUCACUGCUCAUGAAGACAGGCACAUCAAAUUCUAUGAUAACAAUACAGGCAAACUCAUCCACUCAAUGGUAGCCCACCUAGAAGCCGUUACAAGUUUAGCGGUUGAUCCUAAUGGCCUGUACUUGAUGUCUGGCAGUCAUGACUGUUCAAUACGUUUAUGGAACCUAGAAAGUAAGACAUGUAUCCAAGAGUUCACAGCUCAUCGGAAAAAGUUUGAAGAAUCAAUUCAUGAUGUAGCUUUCCACCCAUCCAAAUGCUAUAUAGCCAGUGCUGGGGCUGACGCACUGGCUAAAGUCUUUGUAUGAUAGAAUGCAUCUUCUUCACCUUCUAUCUCUUUAUAAAUAACCAACUGCACAAAAGAGAUACAGAAGACCAGGGAAAGAAUCAACACAUUCUGCCCUUUUGUUCUGCUGAAGGAGCACAGAGAACAUUUGUAAAGUAUAGUUUUACAAUUCGUAUAUACUGUUUUCUAAAACUAAGGUUUGUUCAGGUUGCUGCAAGCUCAGCUGAAUCUGGAGCCUGAAAACUGUUUGUUUCAGAUUUUCCCCAAAAUAGGAACUUUUAUUUCUGGAGUAGUUCUCAUUCGCUAGGCAGGCCUGAGCGAACAUAGGUUUAGCUUGUCCCCUGUUGAGUAAAUAGGGCACGUUAUAAAGGAUAACAAAAAGCUCCUUGGCUGGGAAUGAGUAGAGGAAGAGCGGAAAUUUAGACCUAGUUCUCCCCUGAGAAGUCUUGUUAAACACAUUAGGUAGUCAAAACAGUAAUCUGUACCAUAUCUGCUGUACUAAUCCCUAUGAGUAUAAUGACCAGGCAGUGUUAAAAUGAGUUUUUAACCUAGCUCUCCUUUCAGCUGUUCACAUACAGCACCUGGCAAAGCAUUUUACCUAUUGGGGGGAAAAA